AUGUUGCUCGACGGUACUGCUGGGCUCCUCGCAGAGCAGCUGGGCGCAGAGCCCAGCCAGAUCAAAGUCAUCCUGCUCCUCGUCGCAUCCGUACCACUCUCCCUCGCCUACCCCUGGUUCCCCUCGACGACCCGCUCGCAACUCGCUCACCUCUACAGCCUCGUCCCCUCGAUCAUCUUCCUCUGCUUCGUCCUCGACCUGGGACUCGGAUUCGUUCAGCUCCUCGCGAGCUCGCUCGCGACAUGGUCCAUCGUCAGGAUUGGCGCGCGGAACAACUGGGGCGCGCUCAUGCCCUGGACCGUCUUUGCGAUUGUCAUGGGUCACCUCGCCGUCAACCACAUCGAGCGCAGCUUGAACAACGUCCCCAUCACGACGAUCGAAAUCACCGGCUCGCAGAUGGUCCUCGUCAUGAAGCUCAUCUCGUUCGCCUGGUCCGUUUACGACGGGCAGCGGCCGCUCGAGGAGCUUGAUGCGACGCAGAAGGCGUCGCGCAUCGAGGAGGUUCCGGGACUCUUGCCCUUCCUCGGCUAUGCCUUUUUCUUCCCCUCCAUCCUCGCCGGACCGUCCUUCACCUACCGCUCCUACGACUCCUUCACCACCCAUCGCCUCUUCGCCAAGGAGCACCCCGCCGACGGUUCAAAACCUGUCGACCCGACGGUCGUCCCGCCUGGACGCCGACGGAAGGCUGCGAAGCGUUUCGCGACGGGCAUCAUCUACCUCGCUAUCUUUUCGACGUACGGAUGGAAGUACGGCAUGGACCGGUUGCUUGACCGCAAGGCCGUUGCGGGAAUGACCUUUGUCCAGAAGUUCGCCCUGAUGAACACCGCCGGCUUCAUUGCCCGCACGAAGUACUACGCCGUCUGGUGCAUCGCCGAGUCUGCCUCUAUCAUCUCUGGCCUCGGUUACAACCCGCAGACGAAGCACUACGACGCUUCUCGCAACGUCCGCAUCCGCUCGAUCGAGCUCGCCCCGAACUUCAAGGUCCUGUUCGACUCGUGGAACAUGAAUACGAAUGUCUGGCUUCGCGAGUGCAUCUACAAGCGCGUCGCCAAGAAGGGCCGCAAGCCUGGCUUCAAGAGCACUCAGAUCACCUUCAUCACUUCGGCGCUCUGGCACGGCACGAACCCGUGCUACUUGAUGACCUUUGUCCUCGGCGGCUUCUGCCAGGCGCUGAACCGCUCGCUCCGCGCCGGCCUUCGCCCCUUCUUCCUCCCUCCCGGCGCGCUCAACGUCCCGAACCCCGCCGUGGCCAAGCCGCCUCUUCCCGAUGUCAAGCUCGAGACGGACGGGAAGAAGAAGGCGAAUGAGGUCAAGGUCGGCGACAAGGCCAUCACGCUCCCCUCCACUCCGCGCGUCAAGCUGCAGCCACCCCCUCAGACGCCACUCAAGACGCUCUACGACGUCUUCGGCACGAUCUGCACGAUCGUCGUGCUCAACUUCGCCGUCGUCCCCUUCCUCCUCCUCGACGUCCAGUCGUCCCUCCAAGCCUGGGCCGAAGUCAAAUUCUACGCUCUGUGGAUGGUCUUCGUCCCCUUCUUCGUGCUAAACGUUUGCGGAGGGACGGCCUACCUCAAGCGGUUGCAGCGCGCGAGGGACAAGAAGGCUGAGGGGAAGAGGCGGACGAAGGAGGAGCAGGAGCUUGAGCGGAAGCGGAUCGAGUGGGAGAAGGCGGAGGAGGAUAAGCGCCGCAGGAGGGGCGAGGGGUUGCCCAGCUUUGGGCUUGAUGUCGAGGGGAUGGUCGAGGAGGAGGAGAGGGAGGAGAUGCGCGGCGAAUCGGUCGAGGGCAAGAAAGACUUGUGA